AUGGCAGAUUUUGCAAAGUGGUUUGUUACAGGCGACAACGGUCUGAUGCAAGAAUUCGAGAAGUUCGUCGUCGAGCAGAUCGUGUCAGACACAUUUGAAAAGUAUCAUAGAGAGGAGGAGGAAAGGAAACGAAAGGAGGAAGAAGCAAGGGACCUGGCAGAAGCACGCAAGUUUCAGGUUUAUAACCUCUCCGUCAAGUACUUCUAUCGCUGGAGGGAAACUGCUCGUAACCUUCGCCUCAGCAAACUCCGUCGGCGGGAGAGGGAAGAGUACCGAAGAGUUCAGAAGGAACUACGGGAGGAAGAAAUCCAGAAGAAGAAGAAGGCCGCCAAGGUAGUUGAAGCACGGCGAAAGGCUUUAGAGAAGCAUGGUGUUGAUCCUGUGGAGGAGUUCAGGGAGUUGCUCUCUCUCCGAAAGGACGACCCUCAUGUCGAUCUGCGGGCCGAGGCGGAAGCUCUUCUCGCUACUGGGAUCUUGUCAGGUGUCUCGGACGAGCAAACUGCAGUCGCGAAUGUCAUUCGGGCUCCUGCGACGGCCGAGACGCUUGCAGCGACAACACCGUUACCUCGAUCACGGUCAACAACCAGCUUGUCGCAGUCAACGUCGGGACCCAAGCCCUGCGGCGCUAAGACGCGAGCUCUCAGGGAAGAAUUUGGCAAAAGCAGCACCAACUUCCGCCGGUCACUUCCUCCCAUGUCAGCGCACUCCUCAUCAUCACGCAUGUCAUCAGAGCCUCAGAAGCGCGUUAGCAAGGUGUCGGACCGUUGGCGUCUGAAGGCAAUGGGGCUCGUAACUAUGCCUGAUGGAUCGGCCUUGCCGGAGGCCAUAGCCAAUGAGAUGCGGUACAAUGGGAAACGGUACGAGGGUCUUGGCUCAUUCGGUCUGGACCGAGAUGGUAGCGAGCGCCGCCGGAGCGUGUCCGCCGAUCUCAGCCACGCCGCGUCGGUCCGUCUGCGCUUUUCGCAAUCGUUGAACGGCAGCAGCGCCACGCCGCAAAGCAACGGAACGUCGCCUCUUAGUAAGAGGAAGCGGUCGCUCGAGGAGGAUAACGAGAGUGCCGCCACGGAAGAGGCCCGCAUCAAGAAGCGGCCGUCAAGCAACGCGGACCUCGACAGGAUACUACGCGAGGCAAGGGAGAACCUGGAGUCGUUGAGGAGCUCGAGGGUUGAGCUGGACGAAGGGGCCGAGUGGUUCAGGGAACAAAACGAGAUGAUGCACGCGGAGGAACUGAGCAGGGCCAGCUCGCCAUGGGGCAAGGGAGGGCAUCGGUGA